UAACUAUUAAAUUCCCCCCGGUAUCAAACAAGAUUAAGAUUGUUUCAGGCGGGAUAUUACUUUUUGAAAGAUCACCUGACAGAGGCUGACACAUCUCCUGGAAAUGGAGUUUGCAGUUCGAACUCUAAUGAUUUUGUGACAUUUUUCGCAUUCAAAUAUGUUUUAUAAAUAAGCGUUGUUUGAUAUUACCGCUCUGUUUUUAUAAAGAAAUAGCUUCAGCAGUGGAUACGUAUUAGAACUUCUAGCUAUUCCAAAAUCGCAGACGCAUCGAGGAGAUUUGUAAAGAGCGGUCAUUAUGACGGAGCAUAAGAAGACUGGCGCACAAGUCGAAGAUAUGGUGGUUGCCCUGGUUGAUGCAGCAAACGACAGAGACAAGUCUGUUACUGAAAUGGUCAGGUCAUCCCUAUAUGCUAUUGGCUUAGAAAAAGCCGAGUUGGUGUUAACUCUCUGCAAGGAUUACAUACUGAAACACCAAAAGUUGAGUAGAGAACACCGGGUAGUCUUGCUGGAAUCCAUGGAGAAAAUUCUAUCAGAUAGGAGAGAUGUUAUUCAAGCUGAUCUUGCCAAAGAACUUUUAAAAUUAGCAUUUCAGGAAAUGACUAAAUCAAAGGAUAUUCAUCCAAAAUGGCAGACUGCUGCAUCAGAUCUCAUUGUGUCUGUUGGCAAAAAAUUCAAACAUGAAGUAAUGAGUGAGCUAUUAGAAAAUCUAGUUCCUGGAACACUGCCUCACUACUUUGUCAUAUUAACAUUGGCUAACUUUGCGCAAGCUGAUGCAUUUGCUUUGGUGCCUUUUUUGAAGGAUAUACUGGGCAGAAUACUACCAAUGUUGCUCCUGACUAAACAAGAAAACAUGAAAUGGGUGUUUGCUCAUUGUUUUUCCCGCUUCUCAGAGAGCGUCACGUAUUACUUGGCAAAUGUGGAGAGUACAAAUCAUAACGACAUCAGACAAAAUACAUUUGAAGGAGAAAUGUUGUCUGCCUAUGAAAUAUUAUUUAAUGUUUGGAUAAAAAGCAACGAAGCUAAGGUACGGCUUGCAAUAAUUGAGGCUGUGGGUUAUAUGUCUAAUCUGCUGUCACGAGAGAAAUUGGAAGAACAGUUGCCUCGAAUGUUCAGCGGUAUCAACAGCUUAUACAGGAAACAUCCACCAGCUCAGAUCUACACUAUAACUCAGAGUUUAUGUCGCAUUCUUGAGUCUGCUGUUUCGGAUGGCGGUGAUAUGUUGACUCUGCAUCUUGAUCAUUUAUUAAAUGAUCUUUUUGAUAAGGCCUGCGUCAUGCCCGACUUUAGCAACCCUGGAACUGUAAAGAAUUGCAAUGAAGUUCUCAGAUGUUUCGACACACUUUGUAAAGUGUUUUCUGACCGGAUUAUAGCUUACCUGCUUUUGAAACUUGAGAAAUCUGGUGAAAAAGGACGAUUGGGGAGUCUUUCUGUUUUAAAGCAACUCGUUAACUCUUCAGAAAGCUAUUUGGAGAACAAGAAAUCCCUUUUGGUAACUGGCGUUCAGGUUGCUAUCGCAGAUACGAGCACGAAGGUUAAACAGAUGUUUGCUCAACUGGUCGCUGCUAUGGCCCAUCAUGGUUAUCUAAAUCUUGAGGGAGGUCAGAGAUUGGUUGAGUUCAUUGUUAAGCAAUGUGCUAUUAAUGUUGAUGAAGAGAAACCCAAAAAGUCUUCGGAUGGUGAUAGCCCUUCUUUGAAGUCCAUCCAGUCGAUGUGCGAGAACAUUCUACGGCUUGUUACGACCACAAUUGAAAAAAUGGAAAGUGUGCUAUGGCCUUAUUUGCUUGAGUUUUUGGUGCACGAGGAGUACACAAACGCCAUCAGCGCUCUUUGUCAAAACCUGUGCUAUCUGGCAGGCAAACAAAGAGAACGGGAUGCGGAAAAUUUCACUGUCGAUUUUGUGGAAUUAGUGAAUCUGCCAAAACCUGUGCCAAUACUGGCAAGAUUACUGGUUUUGGCAGGACAUCCUUUGGCAGGAAAGGAGAGAGGAACGCAUGUUUUGGGUCUUUUGAAAUUGUUGUCACCAAUCUUACACCCCGAUGUUGAAGAACUUUGGGAUACCGUCAUACCGAAAUUGGUGCAAUAUAUUGAAGAUAAUAAAGAAGAUGACGAGAGCGAAGCAGAAUGGAACCAGAAAUCUUGGGAAAAUCUGUUACUCAAGUUUUUCUCCAAAACAUUGGACGAGGUAGAGGAUGAAGAAUGGAGUAUAGCAGUUGGAAUGGAACUUGGAAAUCAAAUACCAAUUUACAACAAUCACUCUGAAGAUAAGAAUUUUCUUUAUAAAUGUAUGGGUGUUGUAAUGAAGGUGGCAUCAAAGAAAGAUUUCAUACAGAGCCAGCUUUCUGUGAUAUUUUCAUCUACGAAACACGCUGAUAAUGACGAGAAAGAGGGAUGUGCUAUGGCAUUUGGUUUUUGUGCUUCGAAUAAUCUCGACGCUGUUUUGUUGAAAUUGGAACAAAUUACGAAGAAUGAAAUGGUUGCGAAAUCGUCAGGUUUUCUUGGACUGAUGAAGGAUAAGUCAGCAGGUGAUAUAGAGAAGAUAAAAAGUACGGUGAUGUGGAGUUUUGGUUAUGUUUCUCUGUACGGACCGCCAAGUCUGAUCGCGUCAAGAUUAGAAACCAGUAUUUUUCGGAUAAUCAGUCCUCAUCUGGCUCAGCCAAAGGAUCUGGGUGUGAAACAAAGUUUAAUCCAUUGUGUCGAAUUGAUAGCCAAGGCUUGUCAUCCUAAUCAUUUGCAGCAGGAGCAGUUUGCCUUCUCUAAAAGAAACGAAUUGCUCAAGCAUAUGACCAGUUACGUUAGCAAUGAAUCCAAGUCUUCUUUGACAACAGAAACAAGAGGAAUUGCCAUCGUCGCGUGUACGCAACUCAUAAAACUGGAUCCGAAGUUAACAGAAGAAGAAAUUGAAAACCUAGUUAGCGCGUGCGCAAAGUCAGUUUACUCUGUUGAAAUUGAAGCCAAGAGUCCUAAGUCUGAGCAACUAGCUAAGAUGGACAAAAAGUCUCCCUCAAAGUUGCUUGCCGCCGCCCUGGAAGCUUUGAAUGAAUUAUUAAGUGAACUCAUUCGAAAAGAUCCCACCCCAAUAACACUUCAGAAACUAAUGAAGUGUCUGUCCAGCCCGUGGUUGUCAAACGAGAGCGAAAUUACAAGACAAAGAACACUCAAGUCGAUUUUGAAAAUAUUGAAUACGUACGAAGAGGUUGUCGCUCCAACUUCAGAGGACACCUUUUUCGUCAUGGGCAAUAUGCUGGCGUACUUUGUUCCUCGCUGUACAGACCCCUGUGCAAGCGUUCGUCAAGAUGCUUUGCUUUCUGUUCGAACAACUCUCUCCAUUGCAGCCAAAUUUCGUUCAGAGACCACCGAAGCCAAAAACGAGAACUUGGUUAAAGCAUUUGAUGUUUUAACAAAACGAGCUGAAGAUGAUGAAAGUAACGUGUUGUUUACAGUCGCUAACGACCUAGCCAAGCUUCUUAGCAAAAAAGUGGAGAGUGAUCAACUAUCGUUUUUGAUCAAUGGUUUAAUCGAUGCUUUAAACGAUGCUCAAUCCCAUAGUUCAAGUGGAGCUUGUGUUGUUCUCAACAGCUUGUUUCGUAUCCGUGGUGCAGAACUCGGUGGCGAGAUUCCUUCGUUGGCAUCAACAAUUCACGGCAAGCUUCCACAGAUCAGUCAUCUAAAAACACGAACUGGGACUUUGAGAUGUUUCCGAACCAUAGCCAGUCAUCAUCUUGUUCCUCUGUUGAAAACACUGUUGGAUUUCCCGCUUCCCAUGGAUUGGGAUACAGUUGACAUUUGGAAGACCUUGGGUGGUGAACCGACACUUGUUCCCGAGGUUUUAGAUCAUUUGGUUAACCUGUUAAACGUCACUUUACCAUAUCAGGAAAAGGUGACAAAGAGUGUUACAACAAGGACGGCAACAGUACUUGCUAUGGCGGUGACCAGCGCUUUUCAUGAGUUAUUUUGGUCAGAGGAGAUAACAGAACUCGUGUCGAAGCAAUUCCCACGUCUGUUUGCGUGUUUGUUGAUACGAGUUGGAACAUGCAUCGAUCUCAAACCUCCCGCUUCGACAAAAGAUAAGAAAGAGAAGGGAAAAGCUGGAGAUUUACAUCCGUUAAAGUCAGCGUUAGCUACCAUGAAAAUCUUUCUGAUUCGAAGCCAAAGUUUAGAACUAUCCGAGUUUCUUGAUACCGAAGAAAUUUGGAGUUUGUUUGACGAUGUUGAAACCUUCCCAGAAGCCGUGUGUGGCGUUGCUAGAGGUAUAUGUAAGUCCCAAGCAAACCAUGUUCGCGAACUGAUAAACACAUUCACACCAGUAAUGUCAAGUGUUUAUGAUAAUCAAAGAGUUGUGGCCACUGCUUUCUUCUCAGAGUUGAUAGAUUGUCAGUGUGGUGGGGAACUGGAACUUGUAGACAUGAUUGUCGCCAAUAUGAUGGGGCGAUUGGUUGACAGUGACCACGUGGUUCGAAAGUAUUGUAUCCGAGGUUUGGGAAAUGUUGGCAAUACACAUCAGACUUUGGUGCAGAAACAUUCAACAACAAUUUUAUCUGCAAUGAUGACGGGAAUGGACGAUCGUGACGACCCGGAAUGCGAUUUAACCCUCGAAGCAAUGGCCGGAUUAUCAAAGAUUUUGGCCGUUGUUGAUGAGAAUAAUGUUCGCCAUAUCUUUAUUAACAUUUGUCUACGUAUCAGACCGUGUUUCGUCAAGGACAAACCAGCAGUUCGUGCAGAAGCAUUUACUUUAUUUGGAAAUCUAUCAAGAUUCGGUGAUGGUCCAUCGAAGGGUCCUUUCUUGGAGCAAAUCCACGCGAACUUCGUCAGUUUGUUGAUACACAUGAAUGAAGAACAGGAAGUAACUAAGGCAUGUAAAUGUGCAUUACGUAAGCUGUCGCCUCUUAUGGGCUCCGAAGCUAUCAGUGAUAUGUUCCAAAAGCAUCUCAUAGAAAACGCGAAUCUUCAUUAUGGAGAGUUUAUGAAGGAUUUGUCAAGACUUAUUAUAAAAGAUUUUAGUGAUAAAGUCGACUUUUACAUCAUGACUUGCGUGACAUUUUUUAAGAGCACUCGUUCGGAGGUGCAAUGUAACGCUGCAAUAUUUCUGGGAUUUCUUCUUGGAAAUCUCCCUGAAAAUAAACGCUUGACAAUUUCGAAAGAGUACGUUUGUGGUGCUCUCAUAACUUUGCUAAAAGAUCCUGAAGCUAAUGUUAGAUGCAAGGCCGCUGAAGCGAUGAGCCUACUGUACGACUACUAAUUGAUGGUAAGAUCUAUUAGUAGUACCAAACUUAAGUCCUACACUUGGACUUCUGCUGCUGUUCUUUAGGAAGCUGACUUCUUCAAAGUAUGGAAUUGAUGGCAAAAAUUAAAUGGGGGUACAAUGGAAGAAACAAUUAGAAUUUAAUAAUUAUAUGAAAAUACCGUCUGUUGCAUGGCUAGUGAUCUCUAUACUGUAGCUAGAAAAAACGACAUUGCCUAACGUUUGUUCACACCGCUGGCUGAAAGUGCACAAGCUUUACUUUUGAUAACUCAUUGCCUAAAAGAAAAGGCUUUAAUUAACGCUCUUUCCAUGCGCACUUACAUCUUAAACCGCACAGUUAAUUUUUGAAAAAACCGAAUGAAAACGAUUUAGUUUUCCGCUCAUUUUAGGAAGCAUUUAUUGCGGUAAAAAUUUGUAACGUCUAAAAUUUGUAACGUCGAAAUUGCGUAAGUGCAUGGAAAGCAGCCUUAAGUUGAUCGGUGAGUUACCGGAAGUCGUGAGGUAAUUUGAGCAAACGUCGCCUACAGUCUUCAAAGUAAAUAUACAAAGAGAUCAUAUAUCAGCAUAUAAUCCUCGUAACCAGAGAUUUGACAAAGAGUGUUAGCUAUACAUUCUCACGUCGUUCUUCCUGGCGAUGCAUCUCUCCAACAGCAAUGGUACAAACAAUGCCUCAUAGAUCACCAAGCGAUAAUAGAGGUUGGGAAAUUGAAUGAUUAGCGAUAAAUUUGCUGGAAUCUUUGAAGAAUACCAGCAAACAAUCAUUGUUUGGUGCAUAUGUAUGCAUCGCAUGAAACAAAAUUGACGAAAAAGCGACUACAAAAUAUAAUUCUUACGUUUAUGCAAUUAUUGUUUAUUAAUAUGCAUUACUAAUGCAAUCCCGAUUUUGAUUGGCUAAAAAACCUUCAGAUAAUUCUCAAUGUCCUGCCACAAUUAUCCGUAGGUUACGUAUUUUUUUGCCGCUAGUUUGUUGUCAAUAAUGGCGCAGGCUUCCUCUCUAAAAAGGAAACACAUAGUAAAACAAUUAUUGAAUUCGGUCUCAGCUUCGCUUCGGUGAAUAACGAAACUUCGGCUUGACAAUUCUCGAUAUCACACUCAACCUCAUCCGAUAAUUGUUAAAUAUAUGCAAUAUAUGCAUAAUGAUUGUGUGACGAAAAUGGAGCCCCAAUUUAAUUUUGCUCGGUAGGUAGCUUAAAUGUUUGUUCCAUUUUUUUUUAUUUCUGCUCUCAUCCUUUAAAUCCUUACUAAACUUAAUUAUUCACAAUAUCAUAGAGAAGUGUGAAAUUAUUUAAAUGUUUAGUAUAAUAUUGUAUAAUGACCGUAAGCUUGUCUUGAUGAAAUCUGUGUUUGGGUGUGACUAAGCAUGAUAACCUCCACGAAAUUUCAUGUCAUGUAAUCGGUAGCAAUAUAUUUCGUUGAGUGGGAUUUUAAAACUAGCAGACUGAAAUUCUUCCCGCUCCUGUAAAAUAUAGGAAAGAAUUACCAAAACCGACCUCCCCCCAAACCAACAGAUUCAAGGCCCGGUUGAUCAGCGUGAUAUCGCGUCAAUGUUAAAAUGUUUGGGGUUUUUGCAGCGCCACAUUGGUUUGGUGAUUUUCUUUAGGGCGGUGAACAUACCGUUACAUUGGAUUGCUAGAUUUGUGCAGCAGAGGCGUAUGGCCUGUAUGAAUGCGCUACAGUGUUUUCAAAUGUGCAAUUACUUAUAAUACGUCUCAGCUGGGCUUGGAACGAAAAUUUAACUUGUCAGUCGAAGCGUGUGAGGCUUUAAGAUAGCUUCCUAAUAUCUUCAAUUCUGAAUUUAGCGUGCAAUAUCUAUAAUUCACGAAAAAUACAGACUUACACAGUUUAAUAAAAAAAAAAUUACAUAAG